GCAGCCUUUUGAUUGGCUAAUUCGCCGCACACACCACAUCGUUUGGAAGACGUUCACCUGAUAAAACAUCAAGAUGAGUCUGAGAAAGCAGACACCGAGUGACUUUCUGAAGCAGAUAAUUGGGAGACCUGUGGUGGUUAAACUGAACUCUGGUGUUGAUUAUAGAGGUGUUUUGGCCUGCCUGGAUGGCUACAUGAACAUCGCCAUAGAACAGACGGAGGAGUAUGUCAAUGGACAACUCAAGAACAAGUAUGGGGAUGCCUUUUUGAGAGGAAACAAUGUUCUGUACAUCAGCACCCAGAAGAGGAAGGUGUAGUGAUGUUUUCAGUUUUGUUUUUAUUUGAUGUUGCAGAAAACAACUGUUUAUGGUUUUUAGUUUUAUAAAGCCAGUUUU